AUGCGGUCUGGGCCUAUGACUUUAGAAUGCAAGAGGCGGAAGAUCAAGUGCGAUAGGACACAACCAUGCGCGCCAUGUACGCGCCGAGGAGAAGAGGCAGGGUGUCAAUGGCAUAUUGUUGAACCAGUGGAGAAGUAUGCCACGAAAGCUGAAUUUGACGAGUUGAAAGCGCGUUUUGAGCAGUUGGCAGCCUUUGUGCAGAGGCUUAUGCCGCCUCCGGGCGGUCAACCAUUCUUUCCUUUGGGCGUCCAAGCAGCUAUGCCAGGGGUAGCAGGAGAGGCGGUGCAAUUAUUUAAUUCCCCGGCGACGUCAAACCCAAUGGGUUACCCGACGUUGAUGCCUCCACCGCAACCUCCGCAACAACAGCAAACAUACUCUCAACAUAUGGAGACUUCAUCCCUUGCGUCUAGUCGUUACGUGAAACCUGAAGGAGCUCAGUCACCGACGCGCCACCAACAACAUCAAUCAGUGAGCGGUCCAGUGCCAUCUGCCGGCUCUGCAUCUUCUGGAUUGCACAGUAACCCGCCAUCUCACCCCCGCCACCGCGCAGAAACGUCACCAUCAACAGCAGCUGCGACCCUGAAGAGUUCCCCGCUUUCGCUUUCCGUCAUCACAUCUCCGUUCAACCGCCCCGAGCCUACAUCAUCCGCAUCAUCAUCACAACCUACAGCUACCGAGAUCCAGUCAAAAAACUUCCACGCGCAGACGCUCAUGCUGGGCGAGCGUCUGCGCCCCGGAUCCGAAGACCCAGUGAUAUUUUUCGUCAAGACUCGAGCUCGAAUUGCAGAUAUGUUCCACGAUAACACCGCUACAGCGCCGUCGGGGACAGUCUCGCCAUCGGCGUAUAAUCCCCAACAGAGUAUGCUCGCGCGCCGGACCUCUGAUCACGAACCGCUCGCGCGCCCGUUGCUUCUCCCUGCUAGAGAAGACGAGAGGACUCGGAAGAGUAUGUACCACUCCGCUAACCGCGACCGAUGA